AUGGACGACGAGGAUAACGACUACGAGAUCGAAAGACAGAAGACAAUUCUGCAAAACCGACUCUUACUCGAUUCACUAGGCCUAGAUCCUAACGGAUCAUCCAAAAUCCCUUUUGCCCGAUCAACCGCAUCUGUAAAGCCCAAACCAGCCAGUAAGAAACGUAAAGCCCCUCCUACCUCGAAUGUCGAUGAAGGUCCGCGAAGGAGGUCAGGGAGGUUGGCAGGGUUGGAAGCUGAUAGCGAGACUUUGAAAGUGAAAUCGGAGGAUGAAGCUAAAGAAAGAGAGGUAUUGAGAGUCAUUAGUAGGAAAGAGAGAGAAAAGAUCAUGGAUGUGGGUAAGAUGAUCGAGGAUCCCGAAGAAGGAGAGAUAAAGGGAUUAGAAGAAUACCUCCCAAGAAUAACGUUGUUCUCCAACCCACGACGAUAUCCCAAAGAAUCUGAUUCAACCAAAGAUGCAUAUGCCGAUUUCGACCCCAAGACCGUAUCGACCGAAGUGGCACGCUUGAGAUCUGCAUUCAAGAAUAUGGAGCUGAAAGCGAAUGCGAAGGUGACGGAGGAUAGGGUAUUCAGUAUGGUUGUCCAUCCUGAGAAGAGGAAGUCACUGGUUUUUGUCGGUGAUAAGUCUGGGCAAUUGGGAAUAUGGGACGCCUUGGGUCCGCCUGCAGAUAUCGUGAAAUCCGAAGACGACACAAGUUGGGUCAAGCAAGAACAACAGGAGGAUGAAUCGUACGAGGGCAGGAUAUGGAGGAUACAGGCUCAUGCCAGGAGUGCUAUCACUGCUAUGAAAGUGAAUCCAGUGGACGGUACAGGGUUGUUCACCUCAUCUUAUGACUGUUCCCUCCGUCACCUGGAUUUCAUGUCCCUAAAAUCCACCGAACUAUUUGCAUUCCAGGAUGAAAAUACCUUAGUGACGCAUUUCGACCUUCUGCCCAAUGGUGAAGAAGCUUGGAUCACUGAUCGGUACGGUGGUUUGACGCAUUGUGAUUUCAGAGAAGGAAAAAAUGAGAGGAGGAGGUUCGUGGUUCAGGAUGAAGGGAGGGCGGCUAAGCUGGGUGGGAUUAGUGUAAAUCCCCUCAUGCCUCACCUCAUCGUGACAGCAGGAAACGAUCAACACCUCCGUCUAUGGGACGUCCGAUCCCUAUCAUCCAUCAACCCUACGUCUAUACCGACUCCACCACCUUCUGCCAAACUCGAUGGGGAAAGUAUAGAUACGCAUCUAACGGGUGAAACGUCUUAUGAGGAAGUCUCAAAGUAUAUGCACUCGAAGAAAGGUCAAGGGUUGCUGAGAGCUGGUUGGCAACAUGGUAAAUCGUGUAGUUCGGCUUAUUGGGAUCCUUGGGGUAGGAGGGUGUUGACUACUAGUUAUGAUGAUAAGUUGAGAGUAUGGUCACUCCAACCUUCCUCAUUGCUACUUCCCACACCACUCUCUCCAUCACAUUUCCAGCCUUCCAAGCAGAUCCCACACAAUUGUCAAACUGGAAGAUGGUUGACUAUCCUUCGUGCACAAUGGUCUCUGAACAUGGAUUACAUGCCGCAUUUCACUGUGGGUAACAUGAAGCGAAGCUUGGACGUGGUCGCUGCGAAUGGGGAAAAAAUAGCCCAACUGUGGAAUGAUGUAGUAACUGCUGUACCUGCUGUCACGGCUUCGCACCCAAGGAUAGUAGAUCAUGUGGUGGGUGGUAAUACGAGUGGUAGGGUACAGUUAUGGGGAGCGGGAUCAGCUUGA